UUGUCCUCUCGUGUUAUUUUUCCGAGUUUGCUCCGUUUCGAUAAGCUUGAAUCUGAAAAUAUGUGCAUUCAGAUAAACUAAAAAUACCUACAAUUACACUAACAAUGACUAUUUUAUAUGAAGUUAAUAAGGAAGUGGAAGAAAUGUAUAUUUGUAUGUUUAAAUAGCGUGCAUCAUUUUACCUACACCAGUUCAGUUUACACUCAUGGCUGUCACUGCUUCUAGAUAAAAGAUGUCAAAAGAGCGGGAGAAGAGCCGGCGCUGGGACUGGGACAGUCCUCAGUGUCGAGCACAGCUGGAUGAGAUCUUUUUCCGCCAGCAUGAUUACAUCCAGACGCACAGCGCUGAACACAGGGACUUCUGGAGCUUCUUUGAGCGCUUUCAGAGGUUCAAAGCCAAGAGAGACAUGACAGGAUCAACAUUAAGUAAGACAGAAUCACAUGAGGGGAAAUCCAGAAAGAAACCAGAAUCUGUGGAUCUGGGGCUCCCGAAGGAUUAUGAUGCCAGGUACAGAAUCAACAUCUCAGUGUGCUCCAAAGAUGUGGAGGACCUCAGAGGAUCUGAUCACAGGAGGCGCAGUGAGACCUCAGGUCCUGGCAAGCAGGAGGUCACAGACUGCCGCAUCGCUCUCCUUCAUUUCCUAGAUUUCAACCAAAAGCAAAGUUUCAAUAAGCUUGCUAAGCUGAAAAGGGAACAGAAGUGUCUGCCCAUCUUCCAGUACCGUGACAGAAUUGUGGAGAUGGUGAGGACUCACCCUGUGGUCGUGGUGGCUGGAGACACAGGAUGUGGAAAGUCCACACAGGUGCCCCAGUACCUGCUGGCGUCAGGGUUCAACCAUAUAGCCUGCACUCAACCACGCCGCAUUGCCUGCAUCUCGCUGGCCAAGAGAGUGAGCUUUGAGAGCCUCAACCAGUACGGCUCCAAGGUUGGGUACCAGAUCCGCUUUGAGAGCAGCCGUACCACGGCUACCAAACUCCUGUUCCUUACCGAGGGUCUUCUGCUCAGGCAGAUCCAGCAGGAUGCUACUUUGGGACAGUACCAGGUGCUGAUUGUGGAUGAGGUGCAUGAGAGACACCUGCAUUGUGACUUCCUGCUGGGAGUGUUGCGUUCCCUUCUGGCCCUGCGCCCAGACCUGCGGCUGGUUCUCAUGUCGGCCACCAUCAACAUCAAACUCUUCUCCAGUUACUUCAACACCGCACCUGUUCUGCAGGUCCCUGGCAGACUCUUUCCUAUACAGGUAAUCUACCAGCCCAUUCCUCAAGAAGAGCAGGUGUCCCGCUCUGAGAAGCUAGACCCACGGCCGUAUUUGCGUGUGCUGCAGGGUAUUGACCAGCGGUAUCCACCAGAGGAGAGGGGUGACCUGCUGCUCUUCCUCAGUGGAGUGGCUGAGAUCUCCACCAUCCUGGAGGCCUGCCAGACUUACGGCACUCACACAAAACGCUGGAUCGUCCUUCCUCUGCACAGCACGCUCUCGCUAGCCCAGCAGGAUAAGGUGUUUGACAUUGCUCCCCCGGGUGUAAGAAAAUGCAUAAUUUCUACCAACAUUGCUGAGACCUCAGUCACUAUUGAUGGAGUGCGCUUUGUGGUCGAUUCAGGUAAAGUGAAAGAGAUGAGUUUUGACCCAAAGACAAAGAUGCAGAAACUGCAGGAGUUCUGGAUCAGCAGAGCCAGUUCAGAACAGAGGAAAGGACGUGCGGGAAGAACCGGUCCGGGAGUCUGUUACCGACUCUACUCUGAAUCAGAUUAUGACGCCUUUGCCCCCUAUCCUGUUCCUGAGAUCCACAGGGUGGCGCUGGACUCCCUUGUACUGCAGAUGAAGAGUAUGGGUCUUGGAGACCCUUGCACUUUCAUCUUUAUAGACCCUCCUCCCGCCUCCAGUAUUCAGACUGCAGUGACAUAUCUUCGAGACCAGGGGUUGCUAGAUGGGCACGGAGAUCUCACUCCCAUUGGCAGAUUGCUGGCUCAGUUGCCUGUGGAUGUGGUCAUUGGAAAAAUGUUGGUUUUGGGUUCAGUCUUUAACCUGGUGGAGCCAGUGUUAACUGUUGCCGCUGCAUUGAGUGUUCAGUCUCCAUUCCUGCGCAGUGCUCAGCACAACCCUGACUGUUCCACCGCUCGUCAACCCCUGAACAACAACCAAGGAGACCCAUUUACACUGCUCAACACCUUUAAUGCCUGGGUGCAGGUGAAAGGAGACAGAGGAAGUGGCUCCCGGAAGUGGUGCAGAAGGAGAGGUCUGGAGGAACAGAGGCUAUACGAGAUGGUCAACCUUAGACGACAGUUUAAAGAACUGCUGCGGACUCAUGGUCUGCUGGAGACUGAUCCGGGCAGCAGGGCCAAACCGCAGGAUCGAGUCUGGCGUAGAGAGAGACUGACCGAGAGGCAGAAGCUGCACCAGCUUAAACGUGAUCAUGAGCUCCAGGAGAACACCAAGAGGAAAGUUCUACGUCUGGAGGAGGGGCUGGAGGAAGAUGGCUCAUCUGGGUCUGAUGGGGAGCGAGCAGGCUCAAGCAAAAAGGACAAAGACAAAGCUGGACAGACUGUCGACAUACAGGAGGUGAAGUUCAAGUUGCGUCACAAUGUAAAUGAGCUGCAGGAAGCUGCAUAUGCCAGUGCAGAGCUGUCAUCAAGGAAGCAGGCUCUGCUCAAACUGGUGCUGUGCCGUGGUCUUUACCCACAGCUGGCCAUACCAGAUGAACAUAACGCAACCCGCAAAGACUCCGAACAGGUGUUCCACACGCGAAAUAAGCUAGGUGUUGUGAUCCACCCUACCAGUGUAUUUGCCAGUGACCCAGAAGCUCUGCAUGUCCCUGAGCAUGAGUCCAGCGAGUUUGGUGCUGAUAAAGGGCAGAGCAAUAGGCACCAGCUGCUAGCCUUUGUUACUCUACUAGAAACUAACAAACCUUAUGUUUCAAACUGUGUACGGAUUCCAGCCCUGCAGGCCCUGCUGAUGGUGGCCAACUCUGUGGACACUAAUGCAGACUGCACACGUGUGGUGGUGGAUGGCUGGUUGGAGCUGGUGUUGAGUGACGGCGAGAUGGCCCUAAAGGUGCUCUCCUCUGCUCUCACUCUGCGGGGGGAAUGGGAGAGGCUACUUCAGUCCCAGCUCAGCCAGGUUGGUCCAGGUUCCACUGCUGGGGUUGGGCUGGGGGGACCCAAAAUAUCCCGCAGGGAGAUAGAGAAGCUCUGUGAGGGACUUGUGCGAUUUCUGCUGUAUACUGAGGUUACUUACAGUCUAAGCCGUUUAACAGCACUGCAGUCUCAGAACCUGUACAUCGGACCCCAGCAGGACUCAGAUCUUUCCUCUGCUUCAGCACUUGGUUCUCUGUUCCCAGGCAUGAAGGCAGAGCCAGAUCCCAUUAAAGGAGGCCUGCGCUUAUGUCGCUACUUCACCUACAACUGUCUGUGUGACUCUAAGGACCUGUACAGUGAAUGUCUGCGAACUUUUUGGACCUGCCCUCACUGUGACCUGUAUAUGCCCCUGACGCCCUUGGAGCGCAUGCAGCAUCAGGCCACCUGCAGGCCACUGGAGGAACAGCAGCCUGAGGAAGAGCCAGAAGAAGUAAAUAAGACUUCUUCAUCAUCUUCAUCUGGUUUGACCAGGGUCUACCACUGUGACAUCUGUAAUAAAGACCUGACUCUCACCUCAACAGAGAUCCUAAAACACAAACGCCAGCACCUGUCAUGAGCUCACACGCUGGUAGAUGCUUCACUCUGUCUAUCUUUAUUUGAUCCACAUUCAUUCACUGCCAAACAAUAGAUAUUUUUCCUGCUGUAGGCUACAUUGAACUCAUUCUUGGUUAAUUAUAACAUGUGCUGAAUCUAAAAAUGUUUAUGUAUGGUUAUA